UAAAUUUAUUAUUUUUUUAAAAAAAUUAAAAUAUAUUUUAUUAAGCUUUUAAUAUCAUAGAAGUAAUGGCUAUUGAAAAAUAUGAUAUACCUAUCAAUUCUCAAGAGUCAUCAGAUGAGCUUUGCAAGAAAUUUGAAAAGACUUUGAAUUUAAAAACGGAAUAUUUAAUUAUAAGUGCUAUCCAAACAAAUAUUUUUGCUGAAUGGGAAAAAAAGUUUUUGUUCUGCCCAAAGAAUAGACUUGCAUUAUCAGCAGUUUCAAAUGGGGAUUUAUCAAGUAUUAUUUUUCAGAGAGAGGCAGCUAUUUUAAAUAAUAAUCAUGUUUAUUCUGAUAAAAUUGAACUGGAGGGAUCGCCUGUUACGUACCAGAGAAAAUCAGGGCGAUGCUGGCUUUUUGCAGUAACAAAUGUUAUAAGAGUUGAAUUUAUGAAGAAAUAUAAUCUUUCUGAAUUUGAGUUUUCCCAGGCUUAUCUUUUUUUUUAUGAUAAACUUGAAAAAGCAAAUUAUUUUUUAGAAAAUAUUCUUAAGACAUCGGAAGAAGCUCUUGAUUCACGUAUUGUGAGCUUUUUAUUAUCUGAACCUAUCAACGAUGGUGGUCAAUAUGAUAUGGUUGUUAAUUUGCUUAACAAAUAUGGAUUGGUUCCCAAACAUGUUUAUCCUGAUGCUUAUAAUGCUAAAGAUAGCGUUUCACUUAAUCGUAUAAUUAAAAUGAAAUUGCGUGAAUAUGCUUUGAUUUUAAGAAGUUUGGUUGCAAAAAAUGCUACUACAACAACUAUUUCUUCUUUUAGAGCUAAGAUGAUAGAAGAAAUAUAUGUUAUUUUAGCUAUUUCUCUUGGUAUACCUCCUAAACCAGACGAUGAAUUUACUUGGUUGUAUGUUGAUAAGGAUAAUAAAGUUAACUCAUAUAAAACAACACCUAAAUUGUUUUAUAGAGAAUUUUCUCAAUUUAAAGGUGAUGAAUAUAUUUCUCUUAUCAAUGAUCCAAGAAACGAAUAUGGAAAAAUGUAUACUGUAGACAUGUUAUCUAAUAUGGCAGGUGGAAUUGGUGUACGAUAUCUUAACACCAAAAUGGAAACUCUUAAGGAAGUUGCAAUUAAAAUGAUUAAAGAAAAUAGGCCUGUAUUUUUUGGUGCGGAUUCUGGAAAGUAUAUUGAUCGUCAAUCCGGUAUCUUUGAUACAGCAUUGUUUAAUUAUGAACUUGCCUUUAACGUUAAAUCAAAUCUCUCAAAAGCUGAUAGAUUAAGGGUUGGAGAAAGCUUAAUGACACAUGCUAUGGUUAUUACUGCAGUUCAUAUUGAAGACGGAAAACCGGUAAAAUGGAGGGUUCAGAAUUCAUGGGGAGAAGAUGUUGGACAAAAAGGAUGGUUUAUGAUGACAGAUGAAUGGAUGACUGAAUUUGUUUAUCAAAUAGUAUGUCAUCAUAGCGAUCUUUCUGAAGAAUUGCAAUCUGUUAUUAAACAAGUUCCUAUUGUUUUACCCCCAUGGGACCCUAUGGGCUCUUUGGCUCGAGUAUGAAAAUGAAGUAGAAUUAAGCUUAUUGAUUCGGACUUAUGUUUUUUUAAUAAAGUAUAUUAUAUUUUUUUAUAUUUUUUUUAAGAUCGGAGCUUAUA